AUGGUGAUUGCGAGUUGUGCAUCAUUUAGGUCACGCACUAAGACGGGUGGCUUACUCCGCCAGCGGAAGGAGUUGGAGGAAGAAUGCAAAAAGCUGAGUAAUGAGGAGCAAAAUGCUCCGGCGGCAUUGGAGAUGCGUCUAGAGGAGUUGAGGUUGGAAUACAACAAACUGGAGGAGGAGGAGGCGCGGCUCAAGAAAGAAUAUUCGUUUAACACGCGGACACCUUCAAAUUUUGAUUAUUUACCCUUUGCGAAUAUCACUCUUCGUACGUUGGAGAUGCAGAGAAAACUUGACGAGGCUAGGAAGGCCUUUGAACAACUAGAGGUAAUGAGUACUACUGGUGAACCCAAAGCACAAGCAGUAUUGGAUAAUGACAUUAUGAACAGAAACGUUGGUGAAGACAUGGAUGUUAAUGGGAUUCAAGAAGUUAGUAUUGAAGAUUUCUCGGACGAUGAUUUGGAUGUAGAAGGUGCGGCGACUGAAGAUGAUUGUACUGCUGUGGAAGAAGGAAAUCAAUAUGUAUAUUAUUUCUACUUUUUUUCGCCAGAACUUUUAGCCCGAGCGCGACCUCCUGGUUUGCAGGAAUUUGUUAUUCAUGUGGAGUGCACCGGGUCACAAACGAGCAUUGGUUCUACUGCGGAAGAGGCGGUCUUUCAUAGGAGUGGAGAUUGUGUAGGCACAGUGAUGGUUUCCUCGAAAAAGGUUGCAUGUCAGGCAAACUCGUCCACUGACGAAGAAGCAACUUCCUCAUCGAAUUCAUCAUACGACGUUCUUGGUGUUGCACCUCCCUCUCCUUGUUUCGGUGCAAGUCAAGAAAUUGAUGCUUUCUUAAGCACUUUACUGAAUAGGCCACCAUCUCCAAUGCUGGAUGAGAUGCCGUUUACUUUUAGCAGUGAUGCUGACGAUGAAGAAUUCGACCCAACUAUGCUCUUGAAUAUAAGUUCACAUAGCAAUGAUCCUGGUCCCGAUUUUUCUUCUCUUAUGGAACAAUUUACAAAUGGGGGACGGGAAAGAGACAGACAAAGCGAAGCGGCAGAGUGCUUUUCAAUCUUUGGGGCAUCAGCUGAUGUAGGGUCAUCGGGAGGGAUUGAUGGUGACUUCGUUUUCGAUAUUGGUAAUCCGAUUCAGUGUGAAGAUGAUGAGGACAAUGUAUUUAAUUUUAAUUUCGGAGGGUUUUCUAACGAUGACAGUUCGAGUGACAAAGAUGAUGGCUUCAAUUUUUUGGGCUUUUAG